AUGGCCGAAACCGAGGAUAACGGUACAUCGGAUGAUGACGGCUGGGUGCUGCUUACCAGCAAUGACGGACACGCCUUCAUGAUCAAGCGCGACGCCGCCUUGGGCAGCGGCUUCUCCGAGGCAAAGACGAACACCUGCCACAUAGACGAACGGGCCGUGGUUGUGGAGAAGUUAUGCGAGUAUCUCUCGUUCAAAUACGCAUACGACGGAUCAAAAGAAGACAUGCCCGAUUUCAGCAAGGAACGCAUCCCUCCCGAGAUCACCUUGGAGCUAUUGAUGGCUGCAGACUAUUAUGAGAUGGAGCUCACGCUGUCUUUAGUGUGA